GUGCCCACGUCUUACGUCAACUCAAAAUCGAAGAGGAUUUCUCCAGGCGUACACUCCUUAUUUUCUGUAUCCCAACUAGCGUUUUUGUACAUACGCUUAUUCAAAAAAAUGUUGUAUUUAAAACAACAGUUUCUCGCCACCGCCAAUGACAAUUCUUAAGGGUUAUUAUGCGUGGGGGUGAAAACAAGCGUUUCUGCCAACUAAGCUAACGCAACUGCAGCCGUUAGCAGAACUAUUCCUACUCUUCUGUCGAGCUAGCUGUGGAUUAGCACUUUAGCCUAGCUCGCUAACCAGGCACAUCUGAGAAAGCUCGCAGCUAUAUGGUACUUUAUGCCGGCCUAACAUAAAAUCCCAGGGCACAGAUGACUUGAAGUAACACAGCUCCUCCGUCGUGAGCCAUUACCUGCUACGGCCGACGCACAGUGACCAUCGAGGCAUCUUAAAAAAAAAAAGAAAGAAAAAUCCCAGACAGCAUUCGUGUCUGCAGCUCCUCCAGCACCUGAACCAUGUGAGGGGGCCCCCUCGGUCCGGCCUGAGGGGAACCCUGGACUGUUGAAACGACGACCCCCCGAUCCCCGCUGUGCGGGGAAGGACUCGUCCCGUCUCAAACUUAUCAAACCCCCUCAGAUCCCCGCCCGCACACUCCCACUCUCCCCACGCCAUGAUGUUCCGGGAUCAGGUAGGUAUCCUCACAGAUUGGUUCAAAGGCUGGAAUGAGUGCGAACAGACGGUGGCGCUCUUGUCGCUCCUGAAGAGGGUGUCCCGCACGCAGGCUCGCUUUCUCCACAUCUGCCUAGAACACUGGCUGGCAGACUGCACUGAGAUCCACAUCCUUGAAGCUGAGGCCAACAAUGCAGCAACCGUCAGUCAGUGGCAUCAGGAGCCGAAAGAAAAGGUGGUGUCCCUGCUGCUGUCCCACUUGCCUCUGCUUCAACCACGCAAUUGCGAGGCCAAAUGUGAAUACAUGAAGCUGCUGCAGAAAGUGCUGACUCACACCAUUGAGAGUAGCCUUUUCGUGGAGGAAAGCCGGCAGCUGCUCUCCUAUGCACUCAUCCACCCCGCCACCACCCUGGAUGAUCGCACCUCGCUCGCCUCGUGGCUAAACCACCUGGAGGAACACCUUUCCAGCGGCUACGCAUCCAGGGCGCCACCCAGUCCUUACCACCCGCGGCAGAGCUCGGACGAAUGGCCCGGCUCGGCCGAGGCCCUCGACCCCGGCAACGCGUGGCCAGACAAGUCCCCGUCGUCCAGCACGUCUCCCGCGGGCCAGAACGGACACAUGCCGUUCCCAGGCGGGCUGUCCUCACCAAUCAGUGGGAACGGCAAUAACACAGGUCUAGUCGGACACAUGCAGCCAAGCCCUCUGAAGAAGCCCAUGCAGGUCAUCCCUUCCAAUUCCCUGGCCUGUGGCUCAGAGUGGGGCAGCCAGGACGACGCGGGGGGGCGACAGAACUUCAUCUCCACAGACCACGCACCGCUUUCACCUCAGAGCAGCAUAGCGUCUUCAGGCAGCGAACAGACAGAAGAGCAGGGCUCCGCGCGCAACACUUUCCUGGAGGACGGCAGCGGCAUGAAAGAUGUUCCUGCAUGGUUGAAGAGCCUUCGCCUUCAUAAAUAUGCAUCCCUAUUCUCACAGAUGACCUAUGAGGAGAUGAUGAUCCUUACGGAGCAACAUCUAGAAUCUCAGAACGUCACGAAAGGAGCGCGACACAAGAUUGCGUUGAGUAUCCAGAAGCUGCGAGAGAGACAGAGUAUACUCAAGUCUUUAGAGAAGGAUAUUUUGGAAGGGGGGAACCUGCGCAACGCCCUCCAGGAGCUUCAGCAGAUCAUCAUCACACCAAUUAAGGCCUACAGUCCUCCCAGCGCAGCACAACCCAUCUCGGACACCUCCACUAACUCAACAGAUGGCACAAAAACAGGAGCAGACAAAGAAGCGACAUCCGAGGACUUGCAGUCCCACAACCCACCCCCCUGCGACGGAGACUCGUCGGUCACUCCCAUCUCAGAUGGGGACAUAGCGGGACAGUUCACUCGUGUAAUGGGAAAAGUGUGCACCCAGCUGCUGGUUUCAAGGCCAGAUGAAGAAAACAUCAGCUGUUACCUUCAACUUAUUGAGAAGUGCCUAGCACAUGAGGCUUUCUCAGAAACUCACAAGAAAAGGCUGGUCACCUGGAAGCAGCAGGUCCUCAAGCUGCUGCGCCUGUUCCCUCGGAAAGCUAUGCCGGACAUGUCGGCGUACCGACAGAAAGGCUGGAACUAUGGGUCAAACUCCCUGCCCACAGCAGGCUCUGUGAGCGGGGGUGUAAGCCGACGGGGCCAGAGGCAGUUCCCAAUGACCCCUCGUGGACUCCCAGCUGGGCGCAUGUGUCUUCCUGGCGGGAUCGGUGGAGCAUCUCCACGCCACACACUCGCUAAUCCUGCGUUGGCAGGACAGGGUAGACAAAACCUGUGGUUCGCCAACCCUGGGGGCAGCAACAGCAUGCCAAGUCAGAGUCGCAGCUCUGUGCAGCGGACCCACUCGCUUCCUGUCCACACAUCUCCACAAACCAUGCUCAUGUUCCAGCAGCAAGAAUGCCAAGUUCCAGGUUCUGACCUGGAGAUCAACCCCACGCUGGAGUCACUGUGCCUCAGUAUGACGGAGCAUGCCUUAGGGGAUGGAACUGAUCGGACAUCAACAAUAUGAAGAGGAAAAAAAAGACACUUCAUUUGAGGCCUGCUCGGUUCAGCACAAAGACAGAUGUGAUGCUUCAGAAAAGAAACAAAAAAAACCCCCAGGCAACGCAGUCACUACAAUAUGACAAAAAAACUGUGUAUAUGUUCUUUAAUAUUUUUGUACUUUAUUAUAUACAACUAAGUUUAUUAAAAAUGGAAUACAGAUGAUUAUUAUAUUGUGGAACAGAGAAACGGUGAACUGCGUCGGCUGGGCCAUGUCACCUGCAGCAGGACUGUGACAUGGUCGUGCAGCGGUUCAGUUUACCACGAUACGGAGAAAAGAAAAAAAAAAAGAAGCAGUGGAUUGGUGCUGUCUUUAGGGGUUCUGCCCUGAAUUUGCUCUUCUUCUCUUACUGCCUUGGAACAAGGUUUUCUAUCCACAACACACUGACAGCCCCUUCACCCGUGUUCUAGAUUCGAAAAAAAAAAAAAAAGAAGUUUCCAGCCACAAGUGAGGCACUUUUAUUAACUUAUCUUUGAUAUUAGGCACUAACUGUAAUUGGUCAUCAUGGUACACUCUCUGAGGUUUCACCUGGAGAUUGGUGUUAACCUACUAAUCCGAUAGACAGCUCUAGUCAGGGCUUUAAAAUUAGGCUGUUCCUUUUUUUUUUUUUGUUCUUUAUGUCCUCGUUGGAAAUUUCGUUGCACAAACGGAAGCCAGAGGACCAAACAGGAGUGAGUAAUAGUUUGUAUUUCAACUUUAGGACAUCUCUUUUUGUUUCACUUUAACAUAUAAAGUAAAAAAAAAAAAAAAAAAAAAAAGCAACUGUCCUCCUCUAAGCUUCUACAAAGCCAAAGACAAGGGUUGUGCGUUUGUUAAUUUGUGAAAGAUAUUUGUAGUGAGUUGCAGCAGAACAAUUAAACGAAAAAAAUAGCAGUGUGAAAAAUUCUUGCCAGCUGCAACUUGUCUUUUAUUUUAACGUCCUACGUCAUAAAUGAUGAUGAAUCUCAUUUUGUGCCAGGGAAACUCUCGAAAAGGGGUGAGAGGACGGCCUAGCUGGCAAGGUUUAUACCGUGUAGGAGCUUGUUGGAUAUUGAACUGAUGAACGCGAAGAGGCCAGAGCGUUUUCAGUUUACGAUCCAGUGAACGCUAAAUGAAAACGAUCUCGAUUCUCUUGUGGGGCAAAGGGGAACUUUGCGAUUGGCUUUUGGAAAACGUUUAAGAAACGCUCGCAGCGCCCUCGUCCUUUUAAAAACGGCCAAUGUGAUGAUUUGAUGAAUCAUUCUUUUAUUUCUUUUGAGGUGCUUGACGAUGUCCAUGUUUUGUUUUUUCCUGUUUGUCUGUAUUUCAAGUCUCAGAGCUCCCUACGUUAUCUGUUAUCAGUGUUGAAUCAAAAACUUGUCUCUCUUUUUUUUUUUUUUUUUCUCCCAGCCUCUGUCUUUGAAUGUGACAGAGCCGGAGGUGCAUGUUUGUGUGAUAAUGGACGUUUUGGAUCACUUUUUGGUUGCUUCAUAAGGCAGGGAAAAGAGAGAGAGAGAAAAAAAACCAUUCGUAUAUUAUUUCAACAGAGCCAUAGGAGGUCUGUCUAGUAAAGAUGGUUAUUUACAGAUAUCUUUUUUCCAAUUGUAUUUUUUACUCUUCCCUUGAUAUUGAUGACUUGUGCUUCUUUUCUAUAAUCGCAUGUUUUGCCACACUAAUGCAGCACUGUUGUAGAUAAGAGGAUAUGAUGGCUGACGGCGCCAGGUGUCGCCAACGGCUAGAGACCAGUCAUCUUGCAACAGAUGUUGUAUUCAUAUCGCCUAAAUGUCACUGUUUACAUCUUUCUGGGAUGAUCCCCCGAUUCAUAAUAUUUGAUGUCAUGAGUAAUCUAUUGUCUCGCUAUGUAACACAUAAAAGAACUGAAGCCUUUCUCGCUUUUGAGAUGGCUGGGUGGAGUCUUAAACGAAAAACGGUCCUCUGUCUGCAAAUCUGUGGACUCCAAAUAGCACUCAGAUUUUUAUUAUUUUUAUUUUCCCCUGUUUAUACAAAGUUAGGAUGACGCGGUGAGGAGAAAGAACAGCUUUCUCUCUGGCCGUGUGAUUUCAAACUGUUAGCUGUCCAUGUCCUGAUAAAACUGUUCAUCUGGUGCCUAAAAUUCAAACACUCGAAACAUUUCUUUUAAAAGUGGCCGCAUUCUAGUCAUGGAUUUCUACAGAGCAGGCUCUCAGAUUGAUCUGACUUAGUAACAAAGCAUUGCACCCACACAGCCUGAACUCCAGCUUGUGGGGUAAAUGCGGGCUUUACGACACGCAAUCUACUUUUUCUUUUUUAACAGUCCACUAUGUUCAUCAGCUGUGUUGUUACAAAUGGCUCAGAUUAUCCUUUUCAUAGCCUCUGUUGCUUUCAACAGCCUAUUUAUUACAUUUAAUGGACACAGAGGUACAAUACAGAUUUCUGCAAGUGUGUGUUUAUGAUGCUGAUGCAGCAGGGGAUGACGAUGCUUAUCUGAGCCAAAACUAAAAAAUGAUGAUGCGAUGAGUAAACUGAAACACUAUCGACGGGCCAAGGAAUACGUUUACUCCAUGUUUACAUUCCAGCGAUCCAAGUUGAGUUGGGGAAAUGCGUUUAAUGAGUUCAGCCUGGUGUUAGGAAUCCAAUAGAAGAGGCACAGAGUUUGUGUCAUAUGGAGACAUCUACCAAGUGUUGCCCAGGGUUUAUGAUAGUUCAAUUCUGCAGCCAGCUGCAGGUCACACUGCGCGUGUUUGUCAUGUACAAUUUAUAUUUAAUUAUAAAUAACUUUUCCCCUGACAUUUUCUAAUAUUUUGUGAACCUUUUGCAUCACAUGCUUUAUUCUACUUUUCUACUGUCACUUUUGUGUGAGAAUGGUCUGAAGUACAACAUCCGUCGGAUCAUGACAGUCCAAAUAAAGAGGUUCGGUUCUUUUGCAAA